AUGUCUGAAGUUGUGUAUCCACCAGAGAGUGUCUACAACUGUUUACCGAAGACAGAGGUUCUAACUCAAAAACCAUCGAGGUAUAUGUCCAAAUUUAGACAGACAGUUAUUCUUGAGGAAAAGGCAAACAAGGAAACAAUGAGAACAAUGGGACCAGCAAAAGUAGAGGUGGCAUCACCAGACCAGUACACAAAGAAACAUUUAAAAGAGCCCAAACUGGCCAAAAAGACACAUCCCUCAAAAGAGUUUUGUCACAGCUGUACUGUGAAGAAACCACCUGUUCCUGCAAGGACAGACAAUCCACCCCUGGGCAUUCACACAAAAAGAGAUUUUAUAAAGACAACUACUUUGGUUCCAAUGAAGCCACAGCCAACCUGUGUGGACAGCAAGGGACACAAGCAGCGCCUCGAAAAUUCAGGACUCGUCCCAAAGUACUUAAAGAAAAAGGAUUAUGGAGAAGUACCUGAGUACCUUAUCCAGCGCAAUGAAGAAAAGCAGAGGGAUCAGGAGGAUUAUGAAAACUUUGUGAAAGACCAGAAGGAGCAGGGGGCCAUCAAACUCAUGUCUGACAUGGAGCGACAAGCUCUCCUGGCGGACCUGAAGAAGAACUGGGAUAAACUCCACCACGAAUAUCAGGGCCUCUCGCUUGUCACCGACACCCUGUCAAAGAAAGCCCACAAGGAGAAGCUUGAAGCGGCGAUGAAGCAGUUGGAGGAAGACAUUGAUCUCUUCGAGAAGUUCAAAACCAUCUACCUACCCAAUCACUAG